AUGAUGCAUGUCAAACCAGAUGCUACUCGAAACCUUGACAGACUCAUCUAUCUUUUCCUUGACACGGAGGGCUCGACCAUUAACUCUCUGACUGAAGACAAAGUAGUAGACAACUUCAGCUUCGUGACACUCAUCUGUUCUUACUUACGUUUGUUCCUAUCUAUCUGUCUAUCUAUCUAUCUAAGUCUGUUCCUAUCUAUCUAUUUCUUCUGUUGCUAUCUAUCUAAGUCUGGAUCUAUCUAUCUAAGUCUGUUCCUAUCUAUCUAUUUACCUAAGUCUGUUGCUAUCUAUCUAAUCUGUUCCUAUCUAUCUAAGUCUGUUGCUAUCUAUCUAAGUCUGUUCCUAUCUAUCUAUUUACCUAAGUCUGUUGCUAUCUAUCUAAUCUGUUACUAUCUAUCUAAGUCUGUUCCUAUCUAUCUAAGUCUGUUGCUAUCUAUCUAUUUACCUAAGUCUGUUGCUAUCUAUCUAAGUCUGUUGCUAUCUAUCUAUUUACCUAAUCUGUUCCUAUCUAUCUAUCUAUCUAAUUCUGUUCAAAUCUAUCUAAAUCUAUUUCUAUCUAUCUAUCUAUAUAAUUCUGUUCAAACCUAUCUAAAUCUAUUCCUAUCUAUCUAUAUAAUUCUUCUAAUCAUCUGUUCAAAUCUAUCUAAAUCUAUUCCUAUCUAUCUAUAUAAUUCUGUUCAAAUCUAUCUAAAUCUAUUUCUAUCUAUCUAUCUAUAUACUUCUUCUGUUCAUAUCUAUCUAUCUAUCUCUCUAUCUCAGUCUGUUCAUAUCUAUCUAUCUCAGUCUGUUCAUAUCUAUCUAUCUAUUCUAUCUAUCUCAUCUAUUCCUAUCUAUCUAUCUAUCUAUAAUUCUGUUCAAAUUCAUCUAUCUAUCUAUCUAUCUAUCUAUCUAAUUCUUCUGUUCAUAUCUAUCUAUCUAUCUAUCUAUCUAUCUAACAUUUGUUUUAUCUAUCUAUUUAAAAAAGUCUAUUCGAAAUUUAUCUCAGUCUGUUCUUAUCUAAUCAAAAAUCUAUUCAAAAUCUAUCUAUCUAUCUAUCUAUCUAUCUAUCUCAGUCUGUUCAUAUCUAUCUAUCUAUCUAUCUAUCUAUCUAUCUAUCUAAGCCUGUUCUUAUCUAUCUAUUUAUCUCGGUCUAUUCGUAUGUAUCAAUUUAUCUCAGUCUGUUCUUAUCUAUCUAAAUCUAUUCCUAUCUAUCUAUCUAUCUAUCUAUCUCAGUCUGUUCAUAUCUAUCUAUCUAUCUAUCUAUCUAAGCCUUCUGUUCUUAUCUAUCUAAAUCUAUUCCUAUCUAUCUAUCUAUCUAUCUAUCUGUUCUAUCUAUCUAUCUAUCUCAGUCUGUUCAUAUCUAUCUAUCUAUCUAUCUAUCUAUCUAAACUAUCUUUUCAUUAUGUUUGCAUUGGACAGAAGAAGAAGAAGAAGAAGAAGCAGCAGCAGCUUUCUUGGAAGGAUAUGUUGCAUUUUGGGGCCCAGAAUAGUAAUGCCGUUUUAUUAUCUAUCUCUAUUAUCUAUCGAUUAAACUAUCUUUUUUAUUAUCUAUCUAUCUAUAUUAUCUAUCUGUUUUUAUUAUCUUUCUUUUUUAUUAUCUAUCUUUAUUAUCUAUGUACCUAUCUUUAUUAUCUAUCUAUCUUUAUUAUCUAUCUGUCUAUAUUAUCUAUCUAUAUUAUCUGUCUACAUUAUCUAUCUUCAUUAUCUAUCUAUAUUAUCUGUCUACAUUAUCUAUCUUCAUUAUCUAUCUAUCUAUCUUCAUUAUCUAUCUUCAUUAUCUAUCUAUCUUCAUUAUCUAUCUAUCUAUCUUCAUUUUCUAUCUAUCUAUCUUCAUUAUCUACCUAUCUAUCUUCAUUAUCUACCUACCUACCUACCUAUCUAUCUAUCUAUCAGGUUGUACUGAAAAGUUUCCCGCUUGCCUGA